CAUUCUUAUUAUUUUACUUCCUAAAAGGAUUUUUUUGUUUAAUUGCAAUUUUGCUCUAUAUACAAAAAUUAUAACAAUUAAACGGAGGCCGACAAACGACUAAACGCUAAAAUGAACCGAAUGGGUUUGACUAUCAAGGAAAAAAUAAACCUUUUAGAUGAUGCUAAGAAUGGAGUAAAAAAAUCACUGCUGGCCGAAAAAUAUAAUUGCAAUCUUAGCACAGUCUUUCGAGUAAUAAGAGGCGAACAAAAGAUACGAGAAUUGGGAAAAUUUUUGAAUUUGAACAAGAAACGGAACCGAACAAGUGCUCAUGCAAAGAUUGAACAUGCCUUGAACUCAUGGUACAAACAGCAACUGGAACAAAAUAUUAAUGUUACGAGAGAAAAGGUGCUUAACGCAGCUAUAGAAAUAUCGAAUGGUAUGGAUUCCAGCUUCGUGCCAACACCCACUUGGAUUUGGCGCUGGGGAAAACGGCUUAAUGUAAAAUUUUCCCGAAAACGCUCGAAUGUAAACAAUAGUGACAAAGAUGUGGAAAGCGAACAUUUUGAUGGAGUUAUGCAGUGUAUUAAAGAGGAAGCAUCGGUUGAGAGCAAUGGCUUCAAUAUUUCAGUACUGAGUGAAUGUCCAACCACUUCACACGAGUCUUUUGAACAUGUAAUGCUUGAACAAAGCGAUGGAUAUGAACCUUGUUGUGACAACCAAGAGGUCUUCAAUAAAAGUGCUUCCACGUCCGCAGGAAAACACAGUUGGUUAAGCCAACUAGUUCUCACGCAAAUUGAAAGUAUCCAUCCAGAUGAUCGAGGCGACUUUGCAUGGGAAGUGCACAAGUUGAUACGUAAAUAUCAGAUCAAAAAUAAGCUGAGAGCAACGAAUACAUAGUGUUUAAGAUUUUAGACAAUAAAAUAUUCAUUUCAGUGUACGCAAAAUUUGA